AUGACGUACAAGUGCAUUCGACGGCUGGUGAACCUACUGGCCUUCUUUUUGCUAGUGGACGCCAUUGUGGUCUUUGGAUACGUCUUCUUUGGACCUCGAAUCCUAGAGAAGUUUGAGACAUGUGUGCUGCUGCGAUCAAGCAAUACGGUGAGCAGCUUACUGAAUUACCUGGCGGUUACUUCUUUAUUUAUGGCUAUGAUGACCUCAACCUCCAUUAAUAGCAAAAGCAAGUUUACCAUGAAAAUUGCGAUCUUGUGUGCUGUCUUGUACUUUAUCUUUACAACCUGUUUACUGGUGUACUUUAACUUCUCUAUUUCCCGCCGGUUUGUGACUGCGGCUUAUGGCCGCCAACAAAGUGCGGGCGCAACUAGCCAACUAAGUGCUUUUAUUAGUGCCACGGAGCCGGGUGAAGAUGGUUUGGGCGUAGAUGAUACUACAAUUCGAAGUCGCGUCGUUGAAUUGGUGAAGCUAGAGAUUUGGCGGAUUAAGAUGAUGUUUAUGGUUUCUAGUGCGAUUGGCGUCUUUGUCGCACUCUUCAUGGUCAUUGCGGUUAACUGUAAAAUCCGCAAGAGUAAGCCGGAGCCAGCUAAGGAAUGUGAAGUCUAUACACGGCCAGUUGGAUUUUCAACUCCAGCUUCGCUAUCUUUACGAGCCAAGAAGAACCAAGGGGAAUUUUCCUAA